AGUGCACUGCGAGUGUAAAAUCUCCAAAGAGGAUUAGUGAGGAUCAGAGAGACGACAUGCCGCUGAAGAGAGAAGAUACUGAGCGCGCUCUGCAGGUGAUGGAGGCCUGUCAGGCUGGAGCUGCUGACGGGGUCAAAGGUCGAGCAGAGAAGCUGCUCAACAUCUUCCAGAGUGACCUGUUCCAGGCCCUGCUGGACAUCCAGGAGUUUUACGAGCUGACGGUGUGUGAGAACCAGACGACGGACCAACCACACACACCUGUACAGAAGUACCGUUACCAAGACGAUGAGACUCCACCUGUUGAUCCCAGCCCCGGUCACAUGACCCAAGGACGCAGCGUUGAGCUGAGCCACACACACCUGGACGGAUACACACACCCCGCUGCAAUCACAAUGAACGGGUCAGAGGGAGAGCUGGAGUACGAGGAGAUCACACUGGAGAGGGGUAACUCUGGUCUGGGCUUCAGCAUCGCGGGAGGAACCGACAAUCCUCACAUCGGAGACGACCCCUCCAUCUUCAUCACCAAGAUCAUCCCCGGAGGAGCCGCUGCCCAGGACGGACGCCUCAGGGUGAACGACAGCAUCGUAUUCGUCAACGAUGUGGACGUCCGGGAGGUCACUCACUCCAUCGCUGUGGAGGCGCUGAAGGAGGCGGGGCCUGUUGUCAGGCUGUACGUGCUGCGGAGACGCCCACCGAGCGAACGCAUCACACAGAUCAAACUGAUGAAAGGACCCAAAGGUCUGGGCUUCAGUAUAGCGGGCGGCGUGGGGAACCAGCACGUCCCUGGAGACAACAGCAUCUACGUCACCAAGAUCAUCGAGGGCGGGGCGGCACACCGUGACGGGCGGCUGCAGAUCGGAGACAAAAUCCUGGCGGUCAACCACAUGUCUCUGGAGGACGUCCUGCACGAAGACGCCGUGUCAGCCCUGAAGAAUACAGGAGAGGUGGUCUACCUGAAGGUGGCCACGCCCACCUCGCAGUACAUCCACCCAAUUGAUCGAUACAGCCCCCCCGACCUGACCAGCUCCUACAUGGAGCCGGACUAUAUGUGCGAUUACCCACAAGCCCUCCCUCCUCCGUCACCGCGGCGAUACUCCCCGAUCCCCCGCGGCAUGAUGGGAGAGGACGAGUACUCGAGGGAGCCUCGCAGGGUUUGCGUGCAGCGCGGCUCCACCGGCCUGGGCUUCAACAUCGUGGGCGGAGAGGACGGAGAGGGCAUCUUCAUCUCCUUCAUCCUCGCAGGAGGCCCAGCAGACCUGAGCGGGGAGCUCCGCAAGGGAGACCAGAUCCUCAGUGUGAACGGGGUGGACCUCCGGUACGCCACACAUGAGCAGGCAGCAGCAGCUCUGAAGAACGCCGGGCAGACUGUUACCAUAGUAGCACAGUACAGACCUGAGGAGUACAGUCGCUUCGAGGCAAAGAUCCACGACCUGAGGGAGCAGAUGAUGAACAGCUCGUCCGGCAGUCUGAGGAACAGCCGCACCUUCUACAUCAGGGCGCUCUUCGACUACGAUAAGCAGUGGGACUGCGGCGUGCUGUCUCAGGCGCUGGACUUUAACUUUGGCGAGGUCUUCCACGUGAUCGACAGCGCCGACGAGGAGUGGUGGCAGGCACGCAGGGUCAACCAGCAGGGGGAGCUGGAGGAGCUGGGCUACGUCCCCUCCAAGCACAGAGUGGAGAGGAAGGAGUGGUCACGGAUGAAGAGCAAAGGUAGAGAAGGCUUCGUUCACAGCUACGAGCUCAUCACUCAGAUUGAAGUGGACUAUGCCCGCCCCAUCAUCAUCCUGGGACCCACCAAAGACCGCGUCAACGACGACCUGCUGUCCGAGUUCCCCGACAAGUUCGGCUCCUGCGUUCCCCAUACGACUCGCCCUCGCAGGGACUACGAGGUGGAUGGGCGGGACUACCACUUUGUGGCGUCACGGGAACAGAUGGAGCGGGACAUCCAGUCGCACCGCUUCAUCGAGGCGGGGCAGUACAACAACCACCUGUACGGGACGUCGGUGCAGAGUGUGCGACAGGUGGCCGAGCAGGGGAAGCACUGCAUCCUGGAUGUGUCGGCCAACGCCGUGAGGAGGCUGCAGGCGGCACAGCUCCACCCCAUCGCUAUCUUCAUCCGACCGCGGUCGCUGGAGAACAUCCUGGACUUGAACAAGCGCCUGUCGGAGGAGCAGGCGAGGAAAGCUCUGGAUCGAGCCAUCAAGCUGGAGCAGGACUUCCUGGAGUGCUUCACAGCCAUCGUGCACGGCGACAGCUUCGAGGAAGUCUACCACCACGUCAAAGUGGUCAUCGAGGAGCAGAGCGGACCCUACAUCUGGGUCCCCGCACGCGACAGGCUCUGAUUGGCCGACUGUCUUCACGGGAACUGCUGUUAACGUCACGCCCAGGCUCCUCCCUCCCUCCAGCGGGUUUUUGUUUUCUUCUCUGGGAGGGUGACGGGCGCACGCACUGAUGGAUCAGGAUGUUUUUAA